AUGCAUACACCCUCCCUGCUUCUCAGCGUCGCCGCUGUCCUCCCCACUGUCUUCGCCCAUGGCUUCGUCACUGGCAUCAGAGCCAACGGAGCAUGGACAAAGGGCUCUGACCCCGUCUGGUGGUAUUCCCCGGCCAACAGCCGCCCUCAGACUGCCGGCUGGGACGCCCUGAACCAAGACAUCGGCUUCGUCGAGCCCGCGGCCAUGGGCACCGCCGACGUGAACUGUCAUAAGAGUGCCACCGCUGGCCGUCUAUACGCCAACGUCAACGCAGGCGACACCAUUGACUUCUUGUGGAACACCUGGCCCGACUCACACAAGGGACCGAUCAUCAACUACAUCGCACCUUGCAACGGCGACUGCACAACCCUUCCCCCCUCCUCCCUCCGCUGGACAAAAUUCUCCCAAUCUGCCAUCCUCACCCCCUCCCCCAUAACAUGGGUCACCGACGCGCUGAUCAAGAACAACUUCACCACCUCCACCGUCCUGCCCAAGAACCUGGCUGCGGGGAAUUACGUCAUCAGACACGAGAUCAUCGCCUUGCACGGCGCGCAGAACGAUAAUGGCGCGCAGUUGUAUCCGCAGUGCUUGAACCUCAAGGUUGGUGGGUCGGGCACGGUUAAGCCGACGGGUGGAGUGGAGGGCACGAAGUUGUAUAAGCGGGAUGAAGAGGGGAUCAGGUUUAAUGUGUAUGCUGGGAAGACGAGUUAUGUGUUUCCAGGGCCGCCGCUUUGGACGGCGGCGAAUUAGAGAGUGAUAUGGGGAGAAAGAGUUGAUUGGUGGGUGGUAUUAGCUGCGAGAAGAGAUUCGUAACUAAGGCGUGAAGUUCACAAUUC